GUUAGCAGAGCCAUGCCUUUACUCAGGCUGUUCUUUGUGCUUCUGCUGGCUGUGGAUGGGCAGAGUGAGUGCCAACUACGAGGUUCACCACAAACCCCUGAGAUGGCUCGGGAGGGUGACCUCAUUAUCGGGGGCAUAUUUUCAUUUCGCACACGGCAGGACUACAUGAUUGACACAUUUCAGUCUAUUCCGGAUGCGCGGUCGUGUCUCCAAUUCAACUUCAGAGAAUUCAAAUUUGCUCAGACUAUGAUAUUUGCCAUAAAAGAAAUCAAUAACAACCCUGAUAUUCUGCCCGGUGUGAGGGUGGGCUACAGGAUUUAUGAUGAGUGUGGAGUCAUGGAUAUAAUGAGAGCUGCACUGAGUCUUGUGAGUGGAGAAGAUGACAACUGCACAAACGUACACACGGCACAGGCCAUUUUAGGACACUCGGGAUCAACACCAACGAUUGCAUUUCAAAGGGUUGUCGGAAGGUUUCAUAUACCUGUGAUAAGUCAUUUUGCCACCUGUGCCUGUCUGAGCAACAGAGCUGAGUUUCCUACCUUCUUCAGAACUAUUCCUAGUGACUACUAUCAGAGCAGAGCUCUGGCCAAACUGGUCAAAUUCUACGGCUGGACCUGGAUCGGAGUUGUGGCCGUCGACAACGACUACGGCCGCAGUGGCAUAUCUACAUUUAUCCAAGCCGCUGAAGAAUACAAAGUCUGUGUUGAGUACUUAGAGUACUUCUCGUCCUCACAUCCACCCGGGGUGCUGAAGGCAGUGGUGAACGUCAUAAAGCAGGCCACGUCUAGGGUCAUCGUGGCAUUCGUGUCUCACAGGGAAAUCGUGAUGCUGGCAGAAGAGCUGUACAGAGAGCAGGUGACCGGGCUGCAGUGGGUGGGCAGUGAUGCCUGGCUCACAGACCACUCCUUGACUGACAGUUAUGGACACAGCAUUCUGGAGGGCUCACUGGGAUUUGUUGUCCCCGAAGGUGAGAUCCCAGGGCUGGACAACCACCUGAGGAGCCUCCACCCAACACACUUUCCUCACAGUCAGUUUGUCAGGGACUUCUGGGAGAACGUGUUCAACUGUUCAUUGAACCGAACCGCAAACACGGAGACAAAGCCAUGUACCGGCUCAGAAAGCCUAAAACAUGUCAACUCACAAUUCACUGAUGUGUCUGAACUGAGAUUCACGUACAAUGUGUACAAGUCUGUGUAUGCAGUGGCCCAUGCUCUCAACAACCUGAUUAGAUGUGAGAAAGGUGGAGGAGCCUUCACCACUGCAACGUGUGUGGAUGUCAAACAAAUCCAGCCUUGGCAGGUGGUGAAGUACCUCAGCAGUGUCAAUUUCACAACCAGUAGAGGGGAACAUGUUUAUUUUGACACUAACGGAGACCCCCCACCGAGGUACGACCUCAUCAAUUUACAAAGGACAAACAAGGGGACGAUGGUUGGGGUAAGAGUGGGCAUGUACGAUGCUUCUCUUCCCGAGACUCGUCAGCUGAUCAUGAACCAGGUCCCAGUGAUCUGGGGAAAUGGACAAACCACCGUGCCAGUGUCUGUGUGCAGUCAGAGUUGUGUCCCAGGAACUCGCAAAGUUCUUCAAAAAGGAAAACCAGUCUGCUGCUAUGACUGUGUCCUCUGUCCAGCAGGAGAGAUCAGUAACAUCACAGAUUCUCUGGACUGUUUAAAAUGUCCACUGGAAUCCUGGUCCAAUGACAGAAGAGACCUCUGUGUUCCCAAAACAGUGGAAUAUCUGUCAUACCAUGAACUCCUGGGAGCACUUCUGGUUUUAUUUUCGUUACUUGGCGUUUUUUUAACCAUGAUUGUGACACUGGUCUUUUACUGCCACAAAGAAACUCCACUGGUACGAUCCAACAACUCAGAGCUGAGCUUCCUGCUGCUCUUCUCCCUGACUCUGUGUUUCCUGUGCUCUCUGACCUUCAUCGGCCGACCGUCUCACUGGUCCUGCAUGCUGCGACACACGGCCUUUGGCAUCACCUUUGUCCUCUGCAUCUCCUGCGUCUUAGGGAAAACCAUUGUGGUGCUGAUGGCUUUCAGGGCCACAUUUCCGGGCAGUAAUGUCAUGAAAUGGUUUGGUCCGACUCAGCAGAAGCUUACAGUCACAGCCAUCACUCUAACGCAGGUUUUAAUCUGCAUUCUCUGGCUCACCAUCAAACCUCCUUUCCCCUUCAGGAACACGCUGGUGUUCAAAGACAGGAUCAUCCUGCAGUGUGCUCUGGGCUCAGCUCUUGGUUUCUGGGCUGUGCUGGGAUACAUUGGGCUUUUGGCUUUACUCUGUUUUCUUCUGGCGUUUUUAGGUCGCAAGUUGCCUGAUAAUUUUAACGAAGCCAAAUUAAUCACCUUCAGCAUGCUGAUCUUCUGUGCAGUGUGGAUCACCUUUAUCCCAGCAUAUCUCAGCUCUCCAGGAAAAUUCACCGUGGCUGUGGAGACGUUUGCUAUUUUAGCCUCCAGUUAUGGACUCUUAUUCUGUAUUUUUCUUCCAAAAUGUUUUAUAAUCCUAUUUAGGCCUGAACAGAAUACCAAGAAAUGCAUCAUGGGUAAAACUUCAAAUAAUAAUGACAUACGUUAUUGAAAAACCUCAAAUAUUUAUUACUGGGUUUUUUUUUAACGGAAUAAAA